AUGGCGACGACGUCGCCGGUGGUGGCGAUUCCGGAGGUUGGAGGGAAUGAGAGUUUGGAUGAGUUGGUGAGGAAGUUGUUGGGAUUCUUUGUUCAAGCGAUCGAAACCCCGCAUGCGUGGGAGGAACUUCGUCGAGAGGAAUAUCCGCGCUCGUUGAGGCCGUUGGUGAGGUAUUUGGUGGAUGAGGUGCAGCAUGAGGCUAUUGUGAGCGCGUUGCUUGCGCUGAAGUGGUACUUCGAUGACCUGGAGGAUGGGGAUGAUCGCGGCAUCAAUGAGACGAGGGGGCUUGCGUGCGAGCUUGUGGCUUGGCGCUUCAUCAGUCACUUGACGUAUCGUGAGACAAUAGACUACUUGUGUACCGAUCUUCCCACUCAUUUCGGUGGAUCCAGUCCAGAGAAUGGCGACUUGGAGGAUGCAGAACCAGACGAAGAUCUGGAACACGCCGGCAAUGAGCAGGCUCCACUCUUGGAAAGCCCAAACCGACCUUCCCAUAGGAUGGACGACUCCUUCUACGACGAGCUACCACGUCAUUAUGCCGACUCCGAUCAGGCAGACUUCGCCUCGACGUUCGCAAACCUGAGCGCGCUCGAGAUCGCAGCAGUUGCCAACGCAAAGAAAUUCUUGAGUCAGCGCUCUAUCCAGCAUGUCAUAGACGGUAUCUGGAAGGGCGAUGUCGUCUUCUGGAACGAAGUCAGCACGCAUUCUCGCAAGCAUGCGCAGGUCUACCGCAAAGCCCACAGCGACCCAUAUGCACGGCUCCGAGUGCCGUUGUAUCUGAAGGUGUUCGAGGUGUUGUUCUUCGCUGGCUUCCUGGCUCUGUACUACAUUGUCCUGGUCCAGAAGCAAGCCUCAUCUGUCACAGUUCCGGAAGUGAUGCUCUACAUCUGGUUGGCUUCCUUCUCCUACAACGAACUCGUGGAGUUCUCUGAUGCUGGUUUGACCUUUUAUGCUACCGACUUCUGGGCACUCUGGGACUUGGGCAUCAUUUCUGUUGGGUGUGCUUUCUUCGUUGCCAGGAUGAUUGGGCUAGCUCAUCAUGAUGCCUAUGUCAGCGAUGUGGCCUUUGAUAUCCUCUCUGUCGAAGCCCUUUUUCUGGUCCCGAGGAUCUGCUCAUUGCUCAGCUUGCAUCCUUACUUCGGCAUGCUCCUGCCUGUGCUCAAGGCAAUGACGGUGGAGUUUAUCAAGUUCCUCUCACUCGUGGUCAUCAUGUUCUUUGGCUUCUCGACGUGCUUCAGCUUCCUUGCCAGAGGAUCAUAUUCGUGGGGCAACAUGAAUUGGAUCCUCAUCAAGGUCUUCUUUGGAUCGAGCUAUUUGGGAUUCGAUGUGGCUGAUCAGAUCUCGCCUGUGUUGGGCCCUCCCAUCAUGCUGGUGUUUGUUGCGUUGACCAACAUCCUCCUCAUCACUUCGCUGAUCUCGUUGCUGUCGAACAAGCUUGACAAAGUCAUUGAGCACGCCCGCGACGAGUACCUAUUCGUUUACAGCGUCUACGUAUUGGAGGCCUCAACCUCUAACCGCUUGACCUACUUCUAUCCAGUACUGAAUCUGUUGCCUCUGUUGCUUCGUCCCCUUCGAUUGGUGCUGUCCACGCAGAGACUCCGGAGCGCCCGAAUCGUCCUGCUGAAAGCGACUCACUGGCCGCUUGUGGGUUUAAUCCUGAUGUAUGAGAGGGCGCUUACAAUGCUGGACGAUCAGCGAAAAUUCGGCUACUCCGGUGUGUCCAAGAGGCCGAAUGCUCCAACUUCUUUGCGCCGACCCAUAUCGCGCAAGCCGCUAUCGACAUCUCGGCUCUCGUUACUGGAAGAACAACCCCGUGCCGCACGAUCGCCUUUCGGAGCGCCUGUACCCGCUCCCGCGCGGCGGAGUGAAUCGAUGGAGAGGCUGAGCUCUCAUAUAGCUGAGCUUCAGCAUCAAGUCAAGACGCUUACUGAUGUACUGCUCGAACGGAAAACUUAAGGGGAAUGGAGUGCAUGAAGGCCAUGCGAAAGCGCCUGUGAUAUCGCACUGAAACUUUGCAAGGACAUGGCCUUUGACGUGCGACCUCCUCGCAUUAGUGCCCAGACGCGAUUGGAAGGAGAGCUGGGACGAGGUCGGCGCGCUUAAUGGACAUAUCGCACCCAAGCGCGACCUACCAGGGAGCUUGCAUUAAUAUACAUGCCCGGAUCCGGCCCAUGGUUAGGUCCUGGCUGCCGCACUGGCUCGUCGACAAUAGCGUCGGCAUCGGUUACCAUUACAUCGGUACUUGUGCCAAGCCAUGCCGAAGAGCCUCGCUUGCCGCGUGGAUUUUCCUCUCUGCGCUGUACGCUACUGAUGCAUGCUGCGUCUAUCUGCCUCUGGAGGCUCCGGUGGAGCUCAAUGAUGCGUGUGCACUCUCCUGAUCCUGCCCGUCGACCAACCCAAUGUGACCCUGGUUAUCUGGCACCGGCUCCCGCGCCACAAGCGCAGCUUUCUCCGUUUGCUACUGCAAUAUGGCCCUCACGACUCUUGUGAAGCCAUAGCCACCCUAUGUCUGGCUCAGCAACACUGCCCAGUCCCUACGCUGUCGGCCUCUAUUCUCGUAUAUACCACCAUUAUUGCGCAGUCCCUCAUGACGUCCAUUGCGCUCGAUCUAGAUAUCUAUUUGAUCCUUUCGUUUCAAGUGGCAACACCAGAUCCUACUCGGCUCCUACCAGUGACCAUGAGCUUCUACCAGGCAGAGGACUACAAAGACGACAACGAAGGCAGCAUCGACGACUGGCAGAAUUACCAUGCUGUCCCUCAAUCGACACAGAGUGGACAGCCUGGUCAUUCUACCGAACACAGCAACUACGGCCUCGAUAAUGAUAGCUAUCCAUAUUCCAUAAUUGAUGCAUCGUCCCAGAAUCCCUAUUCGAUAUCACAAGACAUGAUUUGGCCAACAGAGACUUCCACUUUGGGAUACGACUCUCUUCAGACUCCGACGCAGGCAAUGUUCAAUAAUAUGGCAGGCAAUCUAUCGACACUGAGCUUUUCGUCAUCUGGGCCCAUUCAGGACACUCCAUUUGCACCACACACACCAGCUAGGCCCAUAGACGCGGAAGAGCAGAGCUAUCGGACUAUGAGUGCCCGGACCGACUACUCGCAGGGGCAAUAUUCGCAGCAGGUUCCUCCACCCGCUCCAAUGUACGAUGUACCUGCGUCUCAGAAAUCGCCCACACAGUCCGAUCGCAGUGCAAGCUACAACUCUCCCUUGAUCGAAUCGUCGCCGUAUGCACAAUCCGAUGGAUAUUUCCAAGUCAGUCCACCACGCAUCAAGGCGGAAGACUCCUUUGAAUACAGUCAGAAUCAUCUCUACUCGGUCCCUGGCACGCCGAGCUACGGGUAUCCAUCAUACGUUGAUCCUCUUGAUAUCUGUUCACAGGCCACAUCAUCUUCCGCGCCCGCGCAGCUUGCACGAAGCGCGUCUGACCAUGUCAAGCUCGAGGUCAAGCAGGAGUUCGAGGUCAACCUCUCACAAGCAGCCCGUUCGACAGAGCGGCUGGUCGCUGGCGUACCUGGCGCAUCAGAUACAGGGCGCCGGGACGAAGCUAAGGGACGCUUCAAGCGUGGCUUCACCACAGUGGAGAACUCGACCUGUCAGUGUGAAGUGUGUGGGAGGCUCUUCCAACGGAUGUACAACCUCAAAGCUCACAUGGAGACUCACGAUCCUGAUCGUGAACAACCGCACGCAUGCCGAUAUCAUGGCUGCGAGCGGAGGUUCGUGCGACGAACAGAUCUGAUGCGACACGAACAGAGUGUCCAUUUGAAACUGCGCAACUUUGCGUGCAUAUUUUGUAACAAUGCGUUUGCGCGCAAAGACACUCUCCGACGACACAUUGAGGAUGGUUGUCCCUGUCGACCCGAGACGAAAAAGCGCCUUGACCGGCGUCGCAGCGCCUCGACGGUGAAAUCUCAACGACCUUUGAGGAGACUUCCUCCUAUCAAGUCGGAGUCGCAGUGAAGAAAGAAAGAAGGAAGGAAGGAAGGAAAGAAAGAAAGGAAGGAAGGAAGGAAGAAAAAAAGCUCUCGAGUACUGUACGUACGCGGUCAGAAAAGGUCAAGAGG